GCAAGUUUGAACCUGAAUUUCAACACGAUUUUUAAGCACAUAUGAAUAAACUAGCAAAUUACCAUUACCAUUUUUCAUCAUUUGUGUAUUCGAUGUAAAAAUGCAACUGAGAAAAACGAUAAAGUAAUUGAAAGACUUCCUUAAGCAGUAUUUAUAAAUAUUUCUAGUAACAAUGUAACUAGCCCAGUUCAAAAAGAUGGCCAGCAGCUCUAUCGAUCAUGAUUCAAAGGACCUGUGUCUGAUAGAUUGCGGUAUAUCAAGUUUGAAAGACACGCCACUUCCCAAUGACAUUGUCAGCCUGAACCUCCAUAGUAAUUACAUCAGUCGUGUUGAAUGCCUCCGACAUCUGAGAUUGCUGAAGCACCUUGAUCUGUCUGCUAAUCAGAUCAGCUACAUCGAAGGCCUCGAUAAUUUGGUGAACUUGACAACACUGAAUUUAUCAUGUAAUCUGUUGAAAUCUGUCCAGGGCUUGACAGCAUUAAGGAACCUUGAAAAACUCAACCUAAGCUACAACCAGUUAGAGGACCUUACUGGCCUGAAACCCCUAUCUGGCCCCGCCUAUCGCCUGUCACACCUCGAUCUCCAUGGCAACAGACUGGCAAGCCCUGCCCACCUGGCACAGUGCCUGUGUAGACUGGUUCACCUUACACAUCUUGUACUUAGUCUGGAUGGAUCCAGUAACCCAGUCUGUCACAAUUCAGGUUAUGAACGAGAAUUAUUCUCAAAUCUGACGCAGCUACAUUAUCUGGAUGGGAAGGACCGUCUGGGAAAUCCUCAUGCGUUUGUUGACACAUCUGUACCGGGUCUUGAUGAGUUUCUAGACUACCUGUUGUCUAGUGGAGCAGAAUCUGAACACCUUAAGGAUUCGAGUGCCCCUGAUCUGAUCACACCCAAAAUAGAUGCUGCCAUGCAGAUGUUUCGAAAGCGUCAUGAAGGGCCCCCACCCCUAUCAUCCACGGAUACCAGUGUGAUACAGUCAGUCACAGACACAGAACAGAGCCCAGGAACAGCCCGGUCAAAAACGAGGAGUCGGGUGGGUGGGGCGAGCAGGGAGGAGACAGAUCAGGACGUCAGGCUUCAAGCCCUUGAACAACAAAUAGCUCAACUCCUCGCCAAAAAUAAGGAUGGUCGUCCAGUAUUCAGUUCCAGUGAAGAUGCUCUUCCAAGCUCCAGUCAAAGUGGUGGACCAAUAGUGUCCAGGCAACCAGCGGAAAGAGAUGAGUCGGAUGUUAUUGAGCACCUCUAUGGCGAUAGAAAUCUUGAUGAAGGGACUGUCAGCAAAUCACAUGGCAGGAAGUCUCGUCUUCCGAGUUACAGGAAGAGCACGGCAGCGUCACGAUCCAGAAAGGACAACAUUAUUAGCACAGAGAGUGGUACGGAGGAUGAGCCCGAGAAAACACCCAAGUCCCCAGGGUCCAGGAGGCGAGGCCAUUCCUCGGAGUCACGGAUUGGGAGGGGCCAAUCCCCAGGGGCCAAAGCAAGAAGGGACAAGGGUCCUACUGCCAGGGUGGAGUCAGACACGAAGAUACGAAACGACAUCCAUUCAACAUACACUGAUAUCAUGCAGGAGCUGGAAACAGAAAGAGAGCGGAGAUGGAAGGCUGAGGUAGCUGCCAAAAAGCUGGUGGACCAUAUCAAAACUCUCACCAGUAAAGCGAAGGAUGAUGGAGACAUGAAGGACUUGGCUAUUGAUGCGACGUCACGCCUCAAACAAACCGUUAUGAAUGAACGGGAAGUGAAGCUGAGGCUGCAGGAAGAAAAUGAACAGUUAAAGAGCCAGCUACAAGAAGCAGUUGAGGCCCUGUCAAAGAGCAAGAGUGUGCAGGAGGAACAGGCCAGAACCAUCCGACAGCUGGAGGAGCUGGCAAACAAACAGGAGAGGGAGUCAAUGAAACAUCAAACGCAUGAGCACAAGAAGCUGCAAGAGGCCCAGAUGAGGGGUGCAGCGCUGAGUCGGGAAGUGGACCUCUUGAAGGGUUCAUGUGAAGCUCAGAAACAGCAGGUCCAGUCACUACAGAGUCUUCUGGCCUCUAGAGAACAGGAGCAUAGGGAUGAGCUGAAGUCUCGAUACGGCCUUGGUAGCAAGGAAAUGAGAGAAGCUAUAGAGGACGAGGUGAAGAAAAGGGAGCGGGAACACCAGCAACAGAUGAAACAACAUGAACAGAAGAUAGAGGAGCUGAGCAAGCAAUACUCGAGUCUAGAGGAUGAGUUCAGGCAGGCCCUACAGAUUGAGUCAAGCAGGUUUAACCAGCUGAAGACUGCCUUUGAGCAUAUAAGCGAAGAGAAUGCAGGGAACCAAUCAGCCCUGCUUGCUGCACAGAGAAAGGAUGAGAAAUCAUCAGAAAUGAUAUCAGAACUCACUGCUUUGGUAAAGGAGCAGAAAGGUCGGAUAUCAGAGCUGACCAGAUCCAAACAGGAGCAGGUCUCACAGUACAGGGAGCGAGUCAAUGUUCUUGAGGCCCAUGUGGAAGAGGCCCGGAAAAGAAUGGUCCAGCUCGAGCUCCUCAAACAGGAUAACAUCAAGCUGAAGUCACAGGUCCAUGGUCAAGAGUCAGUUAUUGAGGGGUUAAGAGCAGAGAGAAAAUUGUGGGAGCAAGAACUAGCGCACCAAGGAGUGUCUCUAGCCCAGGAUCGUGGCAGCCUGGAAGCAAAGUUGGAGGCACAGAAAUCAGAAAUUGUCAUGCUGAAGAAACAACUUGAGCGCGAGACUGACGGAUUAAAGAUCAAGACGAAAAUGCUUGAAGACCAAACUGAAACAAUUAGGAAAUUGAAGGAGGGCGUGGAAGAGCGUGACACUGAAAUCAAGAAAUGUCGGGCGGAGAAUCUCAAAAUACAGCAGAGCCUAGAGGAGCAACUGGCUGAGGAAAGGACCAACAAUCAGGACAAUCAGGAGGUUUUAGAGCGACUGCGAGAACGGAAAGAUGAUCUCAAACAGCAGCUGUCAGAGGUGCAGACUGAGCUUGAAGAUUCGAGGAGAGCUCACAGUUCAUUAAACAGUCGAUGGAAGGAUAAAUCUCAGCUUAUUGGUCAAUUGGAGUCCCAAGUUGGGGAAAUGAAGGAAUCAUGGGAAAAGAAGGAGAGGAAACUGUCGCAGGAACGAGACAAGGCGUUGGAGGCUGCCAAUCUUGCCAUAGACCGGCUGAAGUCAGCUGAUGAUGCAUUUCGGAGACAGCUGGAGGACAAAGUUCAGUCAUACAAGGAAGCCAUGGCACGCUUGGAACAGGAAAAACAACAGGAAAUUGACCAGGCUUAUCUCAGGGUAGCAGAAGUAGAGGAAGAGAUGCGUGACCUUCUCCAGGAGCACACAAACAACAAGAAAGCGAUGGAGGACAAGAUGAAGCGUCUCACUAGGGCCAUGACGGACCUCCAGACAGACAUGUACCAGUAACCAGUAUUGGGGCCACUAGGAGGCUGAAAACAUACCCUUAAUACAAUGCUAUGUAAAGCAUGUGUCUGCUAAUGGCAAAUUGUGGUUAUAAUGCUUGUUUAAACAAUAAAGAUGUAGGACAGUCAGUGAUCUUUUGUGUUUUGUGUGAACAUAAAAGUUUGCUUUCAAUAUCUAUAGACAGUUGUGGAACACUAUUAAGUAUUUUUUCGAUGUUACAUAGUAUGGCUGCUUUCGCAAAUUGCAAGCAAUAACCUGUCCAUGUUUUUUGCCAUUGUUUUUCUUUCUUUAUUUGUUUUAAGUGGCAAUAUUUAAAGAGACAUCCUUUUAUUGGCUUGUAUGGGGAAAUAUUGAAGUAAAUUGCUACAAAAGCAUGCAAUCUGAAGACAGACUCGUGUCAUGUGUCAACCGAACAUUUAUCUGAACCACAGUUAAUUGUUCUAAACAAGCUUUAAUAUUACCAGUAGCUGUUUGUGUGGGCACAACUAUGAGAAUCUGACAUGGUAAAUGGUCUCAGCAUGAAUGAAAUAUGGGGGAUAGCUACUAACUCAUAAAAUAAGGAAAUAAGAAAUGUCUGACUCGCAGGCUGUUUUUUACCAGUAGCAUGGACUCUUAUAAGCUUAUAUUUACUAUUGUUGUGCCACUUAUAAGAUGUAUGUGGUGCCACUUAUAAGAUGUAUGUGGUGCCACUUAUAAGAUGUAUGUGGUGCCACUUAUAAGAUGUAUGUGGUGCCACUUAUAAGAUGUAUGUGGUGCCACUUACAAGAUGCAGGUGGUUCCACUUAUAAGAUGUAUGUUGUGCCACUUAUAAGAUGUAUGUGGUUCCACUUAUAAGAUUUAUGUGGUUCCACUUAUAAAGUGUAUGUGGUGCCACUUAUAAGAUGUAUGUGAAUCCACUUAUGAAAUGUUUGUAGUGCCACUUAUCAAAUGUCUGUAGUAGAUAUAUAUUUCUUUAUUUUUUCCUUUAAAAAAAGAUUGCCACUUAUAAAAUGUCUGUAGUGCUACUUAUAAAAGUUUUUUGAUGUCACUUAAAAAUGUUUGUAGCGCAACUUAUAAAAAGUAUUUAGUGCUGCUUAUUGGCGCCUUGUUGAAACAUUGUAGCAGACAUGUUGUAAAAAAUUUCUAGUGCCACUUAUAAAAUGUCUGAGGUGCCACUUACUAAAUGUUUGUGGUGCCACUUAUAAAAUGUCUGAGGUGCCACUUACUAAAUCUUUGUGGUACCACUUAUAAAAUGUAUGUGCUGCCUCUUAUAAAUUGUAUGUGGUGUCUCUUAUAAAUUGUAUGUGGUGCCUCUUAUAAAAUGCAUGUGGUGCCUCUUAUAAAUUGUAUGUGGUGCCUCUCAUAAAUUGUAUGUGGUGCCUCUUAUAAAAUGUAUGUGGUGCCUCUUAUAAAAUGCAUGUGGUGCCUCUUAUAAAUUGUAUGUGGUGCCUCUUAUAAAAUGUAUGUGGUGCCUCUUAUAAAUUGUAUGUGAUGCCUCUUAUAAAAUGUAUGUGGUGCCUCUUAUAAAUUGUAUGUGAUGCCUCUUAUAAAAUGUAUGUGGUGCCUCUUAUAAAUUGUAUGUGGUGCCUCUUAUAAAUUGUAUGUGGUGCCUCUUAUAAAAUGUAUGUGGUGCUUCUAAUAAAUUGUAUGUGGUGCCUCUUAUAAAAUGUUUGUAGUGCCACUAAUUAAAGGUUGAGAAAAACCCUUUUUAACUUUUAACCUUUGAGAAAAUGACUCCUAUGUUAAAUUUAAAACUAAAAACAUUUAGAAAAAAACUUUUAAAGAGCUUGCAUUAAUAUCCAAAACAGGCAGACAAGUAUUUUUAAACUUUAUAAAAAAUGUUUAAACAUACCUAAGUAUGUGUAUUUGUAUGAAAAAUAUGAUUUUCAUUAGAUUGAUUAAAGUGCUAGUAUAUAAUGCAUGUAUGGCAUUAAAUGUAAAUCAACAAAAUUCAUUUACUGGAAAUAUUUCAUUAAUAUAUAACUUAGUAUUACAUCAAAUCAUGUAUAUUUUCUUGUCAUAUUUUCUUUUAUGUUUAUCUGUCCAGUUGAUUUUACUUGAAAUGUUUAAUGUCCAUUUAAAUAGUAUUUUGUAAACAUGUACAUUCCCUUUUUGAUUCUUUAGAUUAAUUAGAGUGUUUAUUGUCUAAAGGGGCAAUCAUAAAUGGAAAAAUAAUGCUGAUAUAUUUUGAAACAGAAAGAAUCACAAAUUCAAUGAACAAUGUUCAAUCUUAGAAAGUGAUAAGUUUGUCAAAUGUAUAAGAGAGUAGAUACUUUCAAUUGCCUCAUGCUUGGUAUACAGAUUAGUGAAGGCAACUGUUGGAAUUAGAAACUUAAUAAAUUCUAAAGCAACUA